AACCUAAGUGAAAAUCAGUAAAGGAAAUCCAUCAAAAUGAAGUCCUACAUCAGCACUGCUACCAUAUUCAUCGCGCUCUUUGUGCUGACGAAUGCCACCGAAGUGAGAAAAUGUCCCAAGUCGGCUGCACGCGCCUUAACCGCGGAYGAGGUAACUAUCUCCAAUUGUCCCAAAAAUAAGUGUACACUUAAGCGCAACACCGAGGCCAGCAUUGARAUGAAGAUCAAACCCGAACGUGAUUUUGACGAACUCAAUUCCGAUAUACAGGGUAUUAUUUUGGACGUACCACUGCCGUUCCCCGGCUAUUAUGGCACCAGCGCCUGCCCGUACAUCUACGAUGCUGAGGGCAAAGAGAAGGUGGGCUGCCCGUUGAAAGCCGGUGAGACGUACACCUACAAGAAUAGCUUCAAAAUACUACCAAUCUAUCCGACUGUUAAUUUGGUUAUACACUGGGGCUUGAGUGAUAAACAGGGUGAUGCUGUAUGCUUCCAAAUACCGGCUAAGAUUAAGUCGUAAUUGUUUAGAGGAGGAGGAAAUUUUGGAAAUUAAAUAUUGUUACUUACUACAUAACUGUAUUAAAAUAAUGAGAAUAUUUGGGCAAGAAUUUUCUUUAUACCAAUUAACGGUAUUGUGGAGCUCUCUUGCAUAAAUAUUUGUAUAUUAUGUUAAUAGUUUUAAUAAAAACAAAAAAAUAACUUUUGUA